AUGGUGAAGUUGAUGAAAAAGAUGGAUAGCUUUCUUCAGAAGCUAGUUGAUGAGAAACGAAGAAAUUGGAGCAAUGACCAAAGAAAUAUGACGUUGAUUGAUGUUAUGUUAGACUUACAACAAAAGGAACCAGAAUUCUACACUGAGGAGAUUGUGAAAGGUGUUGUUCUGAUUAUGCUUAUAGCUGGCUCUGAAACUUCAGCUAGAAGUAUGGAAUGGGCACUCUCACUUCUCCUCAACCAUCCAGAAAUAAUGAAUAAGGUUAGGGAAGAGAUAAACAAUGUUGUGCAUCAAGAUCAUCUUAUGAAUGAAUCAGAGGCUUCAAAACUAAAAUACUUACAAAAUGUAAUUAUGGAGGUACUUCGUUUAUACCCCGUGACUCCAAUGUUGAUACCACACGAGUCCUCCAAUGAUUGCAAUGUUUGUGGUUUUGAUGUACCAAAAGGGACAAUACUUCUCGUGAAUCUUUGGACUCUACAUAGGGACCCUAACUUAUGGGUGGAUCCAACAAGAUUUGUGCCUGAAAGGUUUGAAGAAAGGGGGUUAGAUAGUGAGAUUUACAAUAUGCUUCCAUUUGGUGUUGGAAGGAGAGCUUGUCCUGGAUCUGUUUUAGCAAAACGUUUUAUGGCAAAUGCAAUAGCGUCUUUGAUUCAAUGUUUUGAGUGGGAAAGAAUUGGAAAUGAAGAAAUUGACAUGACUGAGGGAAUAGGUAUUACAAUGCCUAAAGUUGAACCUUUGAUUGCUUUAUGCAGGCCACGCCAAGUUAUGGUAAAUCUUCUCUCGAAUAUAUAA